CCUCCUUGUCCAAUACAGAAUCUGAAUUGUCCGCCGACUGCAUUUUUUUCAAUAGACGUGAAGCCGACGCAGUCCUCCAGAUACUGCCCUUACCCUGUGCCCCUACCUACAAUGCCUGCCGUUUCUCCAUUGUUUUCAAAUUAAGUGAAGCCUACGCCUUCAUCCAUACGCUUCCCUCACUCUGCGCCCUUACCUAACAUGUCUGCAGACUAUUGUUUUUAAUUCAAGUGAAGCCAACAAGGUCAUUCGGAAGCUGCCCUUACACCGGAGAUGUCCCGGAUGUUCAUUCAUUUUAGCCGUGGGGCCAAGAUGGCGGCCUGUUAGGCAUUAGUUCUCUAGUUUAAUGAGUAACACAAAACGCCGAGGAAUUCAGAAAAGCCAUUUAAAAACUACAAGAAACUGAAUGAACAGACGAGAACCGUAUAAAAAAACACGAGGAGAAAGCGGGCAUGAGGAACAAGGUUGAAGAAAAAGGACACAUCAAAUGUUUUAUUUCAGAUUAAACACGACAAGCGAAUCUGAAUGGAAAAAAACACAUAAAAAUACCAUUUUUUUUAAACAACAACAGCAACAAUAAAAAAAAAAAUCCAUACCGUGACAGCUGGAGUCAUUUAAAAUAAGAACAGGAGUACGCUUCACGCUUGGGACGACUUGUUUUAUUAUUUUUUUUAACUUUUCUUUUUGUAUUUGUGGCUAUUUCGUUCUUAUUAUUGUAUUAUUUUCCAUAGGUUUUUUAUUUGUUUGUUUUGGUGGGGGGGAGGCGGGGGAGAAUUACUACAACCUUCUGAAAUUAGAAGAAACAGGAGAAAUGAAGAAAUUACAGAGAACUGGUAUUUAGAGGACUGAGAAGGGAUUCUUUUUUUUUUUUUUUAUCUGAUCAGCACAGUAAAGACCAAAAAAACCCUGAAAAUUCCCUUUGUUCGAAGUAAAAGAAAACUGAUACAAAAAAGAAAAGGACAAUAACAAACAUCAAAUAUAAAACUGACUAUGUCCUAAGAAAAGAAAGAAGGUAAAAAACAAUACCUCCUCCUUUUUACAAUCAACCAACCAAUCAGCAAACAUUCCGGUAAUCCGGCUACACGCAAAGUGAUGACAUCACAGAACCACCACAGCAUCAACAACAGCAACCCCCCCACACAUAACACUCAAAACAACAACUCUGCCACUCACAGUUCGGCUUGGCUGAUCCCCAGAUCCUCCAGCAGCCCCGCCCCCCUCUCUGCUGGCCCUGCCCCCUCCAUGGGCCCCUCCCCCUCCGUGGGUGGGGUGGCGUAUGGGCGUGGCCUGUGUGCUUGGCCGGACGAGGCGGUGGACGGCUCGUAUGGCCUGAACUCCCUGCACCGCAUGUUUGAGAUCGUGGGCGCCCAGCUGACACACCGGGACGUGCGCGUGCUCUCCUUCCUGUUCGUGGACGUGAUUGACGAGUACGAGCGCGGCGGGAUCCGCGAUGGGAGGGACUUCCUGCUGGCUUUGGAGCGGCAGGGCCGCUGCGACGAGACCAACUUCAGACAUGUGCUGCAGCUGCUGAGGAUCAUCACCAGACACGACCUUCUGCCCUACGUGACGCUGCGCAGGAGGCAGGCUGUGUGUCCGGACCCUGUUGAUAAGUACCUGGAGGACACGUCGGUGCGUUACAUUUCUCCCCGAGAUGUUGCUGAAAGCAGAGGGGUCUCGCAGCACAGACGCACAGGCCCUCCACCCCUGCUGUGCUGCCCCCCUGUCAGACCCACGGUGUGUUCAGGACGAGGCAAGCCCAUCCCUAGCACCCCCAACAGGAAGAGGAAGAGAGUGCACAGCACAGCUGACUGCAGAGAGAAACAGACCUGCGAUAUCCGGCUGCGGGUGCGUGCUGAGUACUGCCAGUAUAAGUCUGCCCUGACUCAAUUCAAUUCAAUUCAAUUCAAUUCAAAUUGGCUUUAUUGGCAUGACAAUAAAAAUAAUUGUGUUGCCAAAGCACAUACAUGGCAUAACCAACUCAAAUAUACAGACAAAGAAUUUUUCUUAAUACUAACAGUAUCCCUCCUCCCUCUAUAUUAAUACAGUAAACAGAAUCCCUCCCUUCCCCUCUAUAUCAAACAGUACCCCCUUCCCCCCUCUAUAUUAAACAGAAUCCCCCUCCCUCCCUCUAUUAAACAGAAUCCCCCCUCCCUCAAUUAAACAAUACCCCCUCCCUCCCUCCCUCCCUCUUUCUAUAUUAAACAGAAUCCCUCCCUCCCUCCCUCUCUCUUUUCCCUCUCUAGUGUGACGUGUUCACGGUCUGUCCCUCAGGCUAUGACAGGUCUCCACGUAUUGACCAGCCAGUCUGGCUGUGUGUUUGUCUUCCCCCAGCAGGAUUGACAGCUUCUGGGUAUCACACAUUUUUGGGAAUUCUGGGACUAAAUCACAGAAUUUGGGGAAGAAAAUGUCCCUUAUGUUUUUAUAUUUUUCACAGUGUGUCAGGAAGUGAAUCUCUGUCUCGACCUCUCCUGUCUCACAGUGACCACAGUGCCUGUUCUCCCUGGCCAGCCAGGUUUGCCUCUGUCGGCCUUUUUCAAUGGCCAGGUUGUGGUCACUGAGCCGGUAUUUGGUCAGGAUCUGCCUCUGCUUUGUGUUUCUGACAGUUACCAGGUAUUCUGCCAGGGUGUAAUUUCUAUUUAGGGUCCGAUAGCACUCUAGUUUGUUUUGUGUUUUAGUGUUUGUAUCCCAAUGGUCCAGAUAGGAGUGUUUCAGGUGUUUUAUAAUUUGGUUUACACUAAUUGGAAUUGUUUUUGCAGUGCUGUCCUGAAGCUGACUGAUGUCAGUGUUGCUCAGCUCAGUGAGCUUCAGGACCAGCUGGCUGAGGGGACUCUUUUCUGGGCUGAGCUCUUGGUAUUGCAGGGCUUUAUGAUGGAGUGAGUUUGGAUCACUAGUUUUUAGAUGAAUCCAGUAUUUUAAUGCUCUUUUUUGGAUGUUAAUAAUCAAUGGAUAAAGGCCUAAUUCAGCCCUGCAUGCAUUGUUUGGUGUUUUUCUUUGUAAUCUCAUGAUGUUUUUACAGA